AUGAAAGGAGACAGUGAGGCAGAGCAGCAGCAACAGCAGCAGCAGCAGCAACAGCAGCAGCAGCAGCAACAACAACAACAACAACAACAACAACAGCAGCAGCAACGGCAGCAGGGGAGGCCGGAAGACGCCCAGCAGCAGGAGCAGCAGCAGCAGCAAGAUGCCGCAACUGAACAGCAGCAGCAAACGAGUUCAGAGCUGCAGCAGCUUCACUCACCGCAGCAGCAGCAACAGCAGCAACAGCAACACGCGCAGCAGCACUUGCAGCAGGACCAGCAGCAGGGGGAGCAGCAGCUGCUUGUGCUGCAGAAACAGCAGGGCGGAGUGCAGCAGCAAGAGCAGCAAGACCAGCAGCAGAAACAGCAGCAGCAGCAACAGCAGCAGCAGCAACAACAGAAUCCAGGUGAGACAACACAAAGGCGUCCUCUUCAUAGUGGCUGCUGCUCAAAGGCCCCAGCAGCAGCAGAGGCAGCAGCAACAACCCAAGCAGAAGCAGCACAAGCAGCAGCAGCAGCAACAACAACAGCAGCAAUAGAAGCAGCAAGACAAGCAGCAGCAGCACAAGCAACGCCAGCACAAGCAGCAGCAGCACUUCACGGUUCAGAAGCAGCACAACCCAUCAUUACUGCCGCUCAAGAGGCAGCAGCAGCAGCAGCAGCAGCAGAAGCAGCAGCAGCGGCAAGCGAUGGAGCAGCAUCAGAAGAUGAAGAGGAAGAAGCCGACCCCACAGAAGAGGCAGCAGCAGCAGCAGCAGCGGAUGCUGCUGCUGCUGCUGCUGCUGCACAUGGAAGACUUGACCUUUUGAGUUCGACACGAUUGACAGUAGAGUUGUCUCUUAAAAAUGCAAGUUACUGCCUCCCCCCUCCUAAGCCAACUCUCCGGUCUAUCUCGUCUUGCUGCUGCGGCUGCAUGCGAAGGUUGCUGCAUAACAGCAGCUGCUGCAGUAGCAGCUGCUGCAGCAGCAGCUGCAGCAGCAGCAAUAGCAGCAGCAGCAAAACAUCUUCUGCAAGCAGCCCGUCAGCUGCUUUUGCGGCUCCCACAUUUACUUCUCGCUCUGAGACAUGUGCCGCCAGAGUUCCUGCUGCUGAUGCUGCUGCUGCUGCUGCAGCUAGGUGCAGCAGCAGCAGUAACAACAACAACAUCAGCUGCAGCAGCAGCAGCAACAAACGUUUGAUCUUGAACAACAUUAGCUGCUGCUUUCCUUCGCACACCGUCACCGCUAUCUUAGGGGGGUCGGGGGCAGGAAAGAGUACUCUAUUAUCUCUUGUUGCAGGCCGUCUGCAGCCGCAGCAGCAGCAGCAGCAGCAGCAGCAGCAGCAGCAGCAGAAGCAGAAGCAGAAGCAGAAGGAGCAGCAGUAUCGGCGAGAGAGCUGUGGGUCAGGAAGCAAAGACAGCGCAAUAGAAAAACGAAAGGAGACAGAAAGAGACAAAGAAGCAGCAGCAACAGCAGCAGCAACAGCAACAGCAACAGCAGCAGAAGCAGCAGCAGCAGGAGACAACAGGCAGAGGCAGAGAAGCAGCAAGCUGCAGCUGGGUCUGCUGCGCGGAAGAGACAAAGAAGAGACGCCGCUGCUGCUCAACGGCAUAAAGGCUCCUAAAGGGUGGAGACGCCUUGUGGGGUUCUGCAUGCAGCAGGAUCUGCUGCUGCUGCAGCAGCUGUCAGUGCAGCAAACGCUGCUGCUCGAAGCAAAACUCAGAUUAGGUAAUGUCUACAAUAAACAACAAAGAAGAGAAAGAGUAGAGAGAGUCAUGCACAUCAUGAACUUAGAAAAGUGCCGCAACACAGUUGUGGGGUCUCCUUUUUCUAAAGGAUUAUCAGGAGGGGAGAGGAGACGGCUGUCUGUUGCAUGCGAGCUGCUGCUGCCUAAACCGCUGCUGCUGCUAGAUGAACCCACCAGCGGCUUAGAUGCAGCAGCAGCAGCACAUUUGCUGCGGCUGCUGCAGCAAGUAGCAGCAGAAAACGGAACAACAGUCAUCUGCACUAUCCACCAGCCAUCCCAACGAUUGUUUUUAUCCUUCGGAAGGGUUUUAUUUAUUGCUGAGGGCCGUCUGGUUUUCUGUGGGAAGCCGCAGCAGCUGCGUGCAUAUGAGGCAGCUUUGCUGCAGCAGCCUGCAGCAGCAGCAGCAGCAGCAGCAGCAGAAGGAGGAGCAGCAGAAGGAGCAGCAGCAGCAGCAGCAGCAGCAAGCGGGAGGCUGGAGGCGUUUGACUGUGCAGGAGAGGCGCCUAAAGCAGCGGCAUCCACUGCAUCAGCAGCAGCAGCAGAAGCAGCAGAAGCAGAAGCAGAAGCAGAAGCAGCAGCAGAAGCAGCAACACCAACUCGGGCUGACUGCUGUGUUGCUGAGCACUUCCUUGGGGUUGCAUCGGGCGUGGGGGCCCCUCAAACACUUCCUAUUUUGCUGUCGCAUUUAGAGAGGCUGCUGCUGCUCCUGAAGCAGCAGCAGCAGCAGCAACAGCAUCAGCAGAUGCAACAUUUCCACCGACAGCAGCAGCAUACAUGCAGCAGCAGCAGCAGCAGCACAUGCAGCAGCAGCAGCAACUUGCUACGCGUUGCAGACAGCAGGGGGCUCAUCUGCCUCAUAGAACACUUCCUGCACCAGCAGCAGCAGCAGCGGCAGCAGCAGCAGCAGCAGCAGCAGGAGUUGCUGCUGUCCGAUGCCCAACAACGCCGUAGGGAUGCAGCAGACGUUGCUGCUGCUCUCGAUAUUAUAUUUAGAGUGUACAGACACCCAGAAACCCUCGCCUUGAGGGAUGACUUCCAAGAGGUUGCUGCAGCAGCAGCAGCAGCUGCUGCUGCUGCUGCUGGUCCUGCUGCUCCUCCUGCUGCUGCUGCAGCAGUAGCAGCAGAAGCAGCUGUUAAUGAGCAAGACAAUCCAGCGCCAGAUUUAAUCGAAGAGAGAACAAAGGAAGAAGACUCACCUGAACAAAUGCCCUCAGCAAUGCGAGAAGAAGACGCUGUGCUGACGGCAGCAGCAGCAGCAGCAGCAGAAGCAGCAGCAGCGGAAGCAGCGGCCAGGGCAGCAGCAGCAGCAGCAGCAACUGCAGCUGAAGCCGCAGAAGCAGGAGACAGAUCCAGAGACACCGCAGCUUCGUCUCCUUUGCUGCAGCAGGUGGUUGCACAUACGCCCCCCACCUCAAAGCUAAAAGCUGCAGCAGCAGCAGCAGCAGCAGGAGCAGCAGGAGAGCGAUGUGUUCAAGGGACAUCAGCAGCAGCAGCAGAAGCAGCAGCAAGUGCAGCAGAGCGUCGCCGAGAGUUGCUGGGAGCAGCAGCAGCAAUAAAAGCAGCAAGCAGCCCUUUGCUGCAGUUUGAGGUGCUGCUGCAGCGGCAGCUAAUAGCGGAAGCAACAGGGACAGCAGCAGCAGCAGACUUGGCGCAGGCGCUGCUGCUAGCAGUCAUAGUAGGAUCUCUUUACUUUCAGCAAAUGAAAAACUAUACUACGGAGACACUCCACGAGAGACUAGGUCAGCAGCAGCAGCAGCAGCAGCAGCAGCAGCAGCAGGGGGUGCGGCAGCAGUAG